AACACAUCACCAUCAUUGGUCAGUGGGGUACACCACCCCUCGACCUUCUCUUGCAAGAAAACAAGAAACUGACAAACAGCACCUGCAAGGCUGUUUUCUAUCUCUGAGGAUUGUUUUAAUUCCUCCUUAUGAUUUCCCAGGCCACUUUCUCAGGCGAGACUGAGAAAGUUAUGCAGCCUGCUGUUCCACAGGCACUGUGUUCCCUGCUUCAUAGUCAGCAUCCAUAGGGGUAUGGAGGGGAGCAGUGACACCCUGCAAGUUGUGGGUGGGAGAACAGCCCGGUGUAUCAUCCCCCCAAUAAAAACACCAGCCCUGGGGUCCCCACAGACUUCAUGGUCUUCGUGGCUCUCAUGAUCUUCUGGGGCUGGGGAGACACAGCCCCCACCUAGAACUGGGAAGAGAGCCCCCAAAUGGAGCAAAGACCCACACAAAAUGAUGGGGGAGGUGGGUGGGACCCUGGAUUGGUGCUGAGGUGCACAAGGAAACAACCCAGGACCUGUGCCCCUUCCUGACACAGCUCACAGGACCCCGGCUGACCCCGCCACCUUCACCCAUCCAUUGGGUCCCACGGGCCCCACCGAAGCUCCGCCCCCCCCCUUUGUCACCCGUCGUCAACAGCGACAGCGUUGGCGUUUUGGUGGCGUUUCCCUCCGGGGCGGGGCUUCCUCGCCCAAGUCCACCCAAAACGGUCCCCGCGCCCGCCCAGGCCCCAUUUGCUCCCGGAUCCCGCGGGAUGCGGCCCCAGAGAGGUCCCCCCCGCUCCGCUCCGCCCCAGACGGUGAAGCAGCUGCUGAAGGAGCUACGGCAGCAGAAGAGCAGGGAAGGGGCGAGAUCCCCGGUUUUGGCUCUGCCCUCCCCGCGCCCCUCGGAUGGUGCCCCCUGGCCCGGCACCCCCGCAGUGACCCCCAGCCUCUGCGGGGUCCCACGCGUGCCGCCCCACGGCAGCCCGGGGGGAGCCCAUGGGGGAAGCGCCUCUGGUCUGAGGGACUUCCAGGCUGUUGCCAUCCCUGGCCCUGCCUGGCCCCAUCUCCCAGCACCGUGGGGAGAAUUUGGGGCCCCUCAGCUGGGAGGAGAGAACCCAGACCUGUACCCUGUACCCCAGGAACUGGCAGCUGCCCGCGCUGCAAUGGGGGGCCGAGAUCCCCGGGAGCUGCUGCGGCAGGACGAGGAGGGGGACACGCUGCUGCACGUGCUCUGUGCCGGGGGGCUGUGGGCACUCGCCCGGGCUGCAGCCGAGGCUCUGCGAGACCUGGGCGGACUCGAGGUGCGGGAACACCUGGGCAAGACUCCACUGCUGGUGGCAGCAGCAGCAGCAGCCCCAGAGAUCGUGCGGGACCUGCUUGUCCUGGGGGCCAAUCCUGAUGCUGCUGACCACGGGGGCCGUACAGCCCUGCACCUGGCUGCAGCCUAUGGGCACCCUGAAAUCCUCCAGGCCAUGAUGUCCUCAGGAGUUCCUGUCAACGUGGAGGCCAGAAAUUUUGAGGGCCAGACCCCUCUGCACUGCGCUGUCCUGGCCCACAACGCCUCGCUGCAGGGAGGGUACACACCUGCAGGGAGCUCUGGAGAUGGAUCCCCCACUCCCCAGGACCGAUUCCGCUGUGUUGAGCUGCUACUGCAGAUGGGGGCGGACAGCAGCAGCCAGGACACCAAAAGCAGCCUGACAGCGCUGCACCUGGCCGUGCGGGGAGGCAACCUUGCCCUGGCCCACCUACUGCUGCGUCAGCCUGGCAUGGCCCCCCGCCUUGUCAACAUGAAGGCCCACGGGAACACCCCCCUGCACAUGGCAGCAGCACUGCCUGGCACCCCCAGCCAGGAGCCCCUUGUGAGGCUGCUCCUGGCCUGGGGUGCUGAUCCCAGCGCCCGCAACCUGGAGCACGACCUGCCCCAGGGCCUGCUGCCCCCCGGGUCCCCUGGAGACCAGCUCCGCCUCCUCUUGAGGAGCCGCCGGGGGUCUCAUCGCACCCCCCACACCGCCAAGUGACGUCAGAGGGCUGGGGACUCCCAGAUACCAGAUGGGGGGACACCCCCAUAUUGGGGGAUUUCCCCCCACCAUGUUAAUUUUUCCUGAUUUCAAUGAAAUUGCCCCCAAAUUUCUGUGAAAUGAGUCUGAACCACAUUGGUUUGGUGGGGGGAGGAGCACAAAGGGGGUCCAGCUCCCCCUUUACCCCCAUAGAGCCCUCCCCCCCAGCCUCAUUAAUGGGGGCUGCUAAUGAGGGGUGUCUCCUCUAAAUUGGGGGAGUUGGGGUGGAACAUGCCAAAUUGGAGGGGAAACCCAAAAACUGAGGGAAUUCUGGAAUAAAAUUAUAUCUUUAUCAGAUAGAUAUGUUUGGUUUAUUUGCAUAUCAGGGUUAAUUCUCCAAUUACAGCUUCAGGUAAUGAAGUCACAUACCCCCAGUUUGCUCCCUGCUCCCCAAUUCACUUUUGUUUAUACUCUUUGAGGCCUGAGGCAAAGAAUGUCUUUAGUUUUCAGGCUUGGAAGGAUUGUUUUGUGUGACCAAAAUGUGAAGAGAGCUUGCUAACACUCUAUACGGAGUUCAGAGUCCUACACUAACUCAGUACAGGAUCUGGAAGAUAUAAAAGCUAAAAACUGAAGGCGCCACCCAAGGGGACGGUGCCAUGUCUGUCGGUGCACAGCGCCACCUUGUGGCCGUCCCGCUCCCGCCGUCGCUCAGCAGCUCCACCAGGUGGCGCUGUGUGCACACCCAAGGCGGGCCCGUGUGGGCUCGGCUCUGAAUGGAGCGCACGGCGAGGACAGGGGAGAUCAGACAGGCGAUACCUCCAUAACUUGGGUCAAAGUUACAAGAUGCUUGUAUAGCUUUAGUUGUAAGAUACCAAUAUAACCUGAAUCGCAACUUUCUAUACCUGUGUAACCUGAAUCAUAACCUUCUAUACAAUGCAACUGGCUUGGCUUGGCUGACCCCUCUCUUACCUUGCCUUCCUUUACCUGCUCCUCCAUUGAUCAGCCUUGCCUUGCCUUCCCUGUCAUGGAAUGACCCUGGUUGGAUACCAGGCUCCCACCGAAGCCUGUCUAUCCCCUCCAUGAAUGUAAAGUGGGGAGAAAAUAUAUGGUUCAUGAGUUAAGGACAGAGAGAGAUCUGCUCCGACCCAUGGGCCCAGCAUCUCAUGUCACCAGACACACUGCAAAUUCUUAGUAAAAAGCUAUUUACCGUCCUCCCUGUUCCCGUAUCUGGGCAACAGCCUCUCCAGGGCUACCCUAGCGACGCGAACGUUCUGCUGUCAACAACGUGUUGUUAAACGGGAGAUUGAAAUAACGGCAAUCUAAGUUAGAAAGCUGACUGUGGCUGGCGUCCAAUGUCAUCUUUCAAGUCCCUUAGCCGUGCAGUCGGUCACCUUUAUCGCAGAGGGGGCUGAACGUCCCGAGCCGUGCCGAUGCCGUUCUCCCGGGUGCCGGAGCCCGCCGGAGCCCUCACGGCCCGGGAGGGGCGGGCCCUGCAGCGCCCGCCGGCCCCGCCCCCUCUGCGCCGAGC